CAAGACGAUAAAUAAGACACAGAUGAUUAGUAGAAAAUCUUAAAAGUCCAACAAGUAUUCAUUGACCUGAUUUGUUUUCAGUGCCAUUGUGCACAUGUAAACUAUUUCUCCCCCAAUGUUUUGCAAUGUACAGGUACUCACAACAUAAAUCAUACUUGACAACAUCUUAAGUUAAGGAUAUUAUACCGCUAUUCCAAAUAUAAUUUUAUUCGUCGUACCACUGAGAUAGUUGUUAAAUAAUUAGGACUAUGUUCUAGUAUCGAAAAUACCUCCUAGUGCCAGAAAAUCAAAUUACGAUCAAUAGUAUAUAUACUAGUCUACGUUCUAUUCCAUUGGGAAUGAUCUCAUUAAUUAAAGAAAAUUUAGCUGUGUAACUGUGUAUCCGGCACCUGGUAUCGGACAUAAUCUUUUGCCAGGUAAUCUUGUUCAACAGGAAUAGUUCUGAUGGGAUCUUAAAAUUGUAAUUUGUACGUGAUUUGGAAGACAACAUUUUAUCAGUCAGUUGUUUUAUUUUUAGGCCCGCUAAAUAUUCAUUCUGAUACGUUCGUAAGAUAGCUUACAACACGGACAUGUCGUCAUUCAGAUGGACCAGUAUUUAACGCAUAUUGUUCUAAGAAUAUAUUAUUGGCAUCGGAGUUGGUAUCAAUUAAGUGCUAAUUGAAUGUGUACGCUGAGAAUAUUGAAUAGAAAAAGUGUUCUAUUAAUACCCCAGAGAGUUUACCCCCAGUACAGCUCUUUUUUAUUCAUGUCACAAAAAUCUGCACCUUCUUAUAACUCAGAACCAUGAUGUCAAUUAGUGUGCCUUUUUCGUGAGCACAGGUACUGUAUAUCAGAGUCAGUUGUCUAUGACUAAGUUACUGAGUAACAUAAAGCAUUAUCGAAAGCGGCAUCAUUGUAAUUAUGUAUAUCAGACAUUGUAUCGAUUGUAUUCCAUGACUGAUAAAUGUAAAAUUGUUGCCAAAACACACAUACAAUUGAUAAUGAGAUUUCUGCAGUGAAUUAACGAGAACGAUUUGUUAAUAAUUUAUUUGCGUAAGUCUUCCUUUAUUUUUAUUUUGCCUUUCUGGCGGACAAAUGUUCAUAAAAUAUGCUUUGUAUACAUCGCGUAACUGAUAAGUGCCUUUACCACAUUUUUUUGUCGAAAAUAAAUUGUAUUUUCGAUUGAUGUUAAAAGAUGACGGUAUUGGAUAACUGUACGCCGAACGGAAGGUAUUGGUGAAAAUAAAGAUAUCGUUCAUGAACUACUUGUAACGAGCGAUUUAGGAUUUAGACAAUGUAUUUUUACAACAUGAAAGUAUAACACAUUAUUUACCGCUUCCAUUUCUAUUGUUGCAGGACAGGGGAAUAAGACAAUUUGUUUUGAUCUGUAGGGAAUUUUGUUAUUGUUGUGUUAAUGGCUCAAAUCGAAAAACGAAAGAGGUAGAAUCAGUAAGCGUCUCCGAUAGUUGUGCUUCAAGUUGCUGCAACCGUGACUGUGUUGGAUUUAGAUUAUUUGAGAAGUUGGCUAUCAAAGCAGCCUAUCAGUUUUCCAGGGGAUAUUGUAGGCUUGAAUUUUUCUGCAAUUCGAUAUUUCUAAUGGAUUGUACAAUACCUUUUUAUUUUAUCUGCGAAUAGAUCAUUUGAACAAACACUCUAAUAUCAUAAACAGAUAAUUGACAUCAAAAUGGUCUGGACAAUGCUACGUUACACUGGAGUGGUUAUUGAAAUCCGUAAGUCGUAGUAUACUUACGGCCGGCAGAGGCCGGAUGUUAGGAUGCAGGCUCUCUGGGUGUGGACGGCCGUCGUGUGUGUGCUGAUGGAGCUCAUUCACUACUUCCGGUCGUGUUUCAGGCGGACAGAAGACGAGACGCCACCAGGCGAAGAAGCAGACCGGAAAAGACGGAGACAUGACUGCAGCUACUUCAAGAGCUACGCGGACAUUGGCGUGCACGAGGAAAUGUUAAGCGACACAGUGCGGACAAACGCUUACAGAUAUGCGAUUUUAAAGAACUACGAACGACUCAGGGGCAGCGUGGUUGCGGAUGUUGGAGCUGGCACCGGUAUCCUCUCAGUAUUUUGCGUACAGGCCGGAGCCAAGAAAGUAUAUGCGAUUGAGGCAAGCGAUAUGGCGGGACAAACGGAGGCUGUUGUAAACGAAAACAAGAUGGCGGAGCGCAUUGACGUCAUUCACAACGCCGUGGAGUCUGUGAAAUUUCCGGAACAGCUUGACGUUAUUGUCAGUGAGUGGAUGGGUUACUGCCUGUUCUAUGAGUCUAUGCUGCCGUCCGUCAUCCACUGCAGAGACCGGUGGCUCAAACAGGGUGGUUUGAUGUUCCCCUCAACCGCUACACUGUACAUUGCCCCCUUCUACGACGCCGAGUAUGAUAACAGGCUUGAGUUUUGGUCCGAGAUUCGUUCCGUGUACAAGUUGUCGAUGGAGAGUAUGAAAUCCUACGCCAAACAAAGCAUUGCAAAGCAGGUGCACGUGAAUACCAUACCACCGGAAGCUAUACAAGCGCAUGCGCAGAAAGUCUGUCACCUCGACCUGCUCACAGUACAGGCAUCAGAUCUGAAACAUGUCCAGGGAGAGUUCCGGUUCGAGUGUUUCGGGCGGACGCAAGUGCACGGGUUCUGCACGUGGUUUGACGUCGGCUUUCCAGAAGGCGUCACUUUGACAACAUCGCCUUAUGCAGAGGAGACGCACUGGUCGCAGACAGCCUUUUACGUAGAAGAGCCUUUUUCGGUUGACCAGGACACGUGUAUUUCCGGUUCCAUCCACAUCCGGCCACAUAGGGAAGCCGCAAGAUUCCUAGAUAUCAGUAUUACCCACCAAGUGAACAGCGGACCAAAACACACAAGGACGCAUCUCAUGAACGACUGCUUUGUCUGAUGAUUACAAUACAAUUGAGAAGAGUAUUAUACAUCUGACGAAAGAUAGUUAAGCCUUCAAUACAGAGACUGUUCAAGAGAGAGAGAGGCGCGCCACAAGUGUUUGUAGAAUAGAAGUGACGGUCACUUAAUCGGUACACUUUUGUCUCCAUCAAGGUUUCCUAACUGAACACCAAUCGUCAAGUAUUCCAUAAAGUGGACAUUAUUCUAGGUCAAGACGUCUAGUCUAAACGACUUGAUAUUGUGCCUUGAACAGUGUGAUAUGACUAACCAUUACAUUACAUUUUCAUAUUAAACGCAACCUAAAUCAGUAGUUAGUUUUCUUAUGUCAUAAUUUAAUUAUGCCAUUAACUGUUGAUAUUUGAUAUAAAAAAUGGAAAUCGAAUUUCACUUGGAUUGCGUUUGAUUCAUUUAUAGAUGUUAACACGAACCAUAGUAAAUAUGCAGCUUACAUAUCUGAACGUUUUAAGGCAACCGUGUAUGUGAUGUAAAAUGCACUAAAACUUCGUAUAAAAACCAUGAACACAA